UAGUCGGUGCCGGCGGAGCCUUUUUCCCUGCGAUGUGGAGACUCGGCCUCAGAUUCCUCCGGCCCCGGGGCGGCGGGGAGGCGGCGGGAGGAGGAGGAGGAGGAGGAGGGAGAGGCCGAGGAUUCGGAUUCAGCUCGGCCCUGAGGACGGUCAUCGUGCAGCGCUGGUGGCAGGUUCCGCUCGCCAAGGAGGGCAAGCCGGCGAGACUGCACCCCAGGAGGCACCGGGUCUACAAACUGGUGGAGGACACGAAACAGAGGCCCAAGGAGGAGCUGGAGCUGAUCCUGACGCAGACGGUGCCCAAGCUCGGAGGCCGAGGGGACACGGUGUUUGUAAAGAAGUCGGUUGGCCGUAACCAGCUCCUUCCCCAUGGCCUCGCCGUCUACCCCUCACCGGAGAACAGGGCCAUGUUUGCAGAGGAGCGCAGGUUGCUUCGAGAGGGGAAACCAGAGGAGAGAACUCAGACCCGGACUGGAGAAAUGAUGGUUGAGUUCCUGAAGAAUUCCAAGCUGAUGGUGCGGAUGAAGAACAACGUGAAGUGGGAGCUGACAAAGGAGCUUAUCUGUCGGCACUUCCUAAAGGAGCUCCGAGUGUUUGUGCCUCCAGAAGCCUUGAAGAUUCCCGAUGAACCGAUCACGACCUGGGGAGAGCACUGGUGUGAAGUCAUGGUGAAUGGGAUUGAAACCGUCCGCAUGCCUAUGUCAGUGCUGAACUUCGAGCGCCCAAAGACCCGGCGCUACAAGGAGUGGCUGCUCCAUCAGCAGGGACAGAGGGAGGAGGUGGAGGAGCAGGAGGGGGAGGAGCCGGCCAAAGUGACCUGACCGCGAGACGAGGCGCCAGGAAUCGCCGCUGCCGUUCGUUUCUGCCUCUGACACAUCACUGGGAGCCCCGGCGACAUCUGCCUUGGUGUUGGUGCAGCUCUCAGGAAGGUGGGCGUGGUGUCAAGCUUAUCGCCUCCCCACCCGUAAUUAGUGUGCGCGCUGUGGCUGUAAUGUGAACGUUGACUGUAACCCCCGUUAAUAAAUGACUCGUUUCGAUUGA